AUGGACACGUACAGAUAUCGGGUUCCCAAGCCCAACUACCUCCCUCACAAUCUCGACGCCGACCUCGAGCGCGACAUAGUGGAGGAGUACACCCAGCCUCUCGGCAUAGCCAGCGACGCCGACAACGCAAAGUUCUACCAGCAGUGCAAACGCCUGGCCGAGUCAUCAGGCAUCACCCGCCCCAAGGGCUACAAUGUCUCCUUCCACUGCAACCCCGAGAUGGAGAAGCACCACUUCGGCAUGACACAUCCCAUGAAGCCCUGGCGUCUGACGCUCUCCAAGAGCCUCAUAUACUCCUACGGCAUGUCCUUCGCCAUGGACAACUACCUGACCAGGGCCGCGACGUACGAGGAGCUGGCCUCGUUCCACUCCACCGACUACCUCGACUUCCUCGGCACUGUCCUCCCGGAGGCGGUCCCUCGAGACCUCGAGAACCAGAACCCGGAUCUCAAGUUCAACCUGGGCGGCUCCGACUGCCCCCUGUUUGACGGCCUCUACGACUACUGCUCCAUGUCUGCCGGCAGCGCGCUGGAUGCCGCGCGCAAGAUAUGCUCGCAGCAGUCCGACAUUGCCAUUGCGUGGGGAGGCGGCCUGCACCACGCGAAAAAGGCCGAGGCCUCGGGCUUCUGCUACAUCAAUGAUAUCGUCAUUGCCAUUCUGGAGCUUCUGCGCUUCUACCCGCGCGUCCUGUACAUUGACAUUGACGUGCACCACGGCGACGGCGUCGAGGAGGCCUUCUUCUCGACCGACAGGGUCAUGACCGUCUCCUUUCACAAGUACGACCCCAACAACUUCUUCCCCGGCACCGGCGCGCUGGACGACAACGGCCCCAAGAGCGAACACAACCCGGGCGCCCACCACGCCGUCAACGUGCCCCUCCAGGACGGCAUCACCGACGAGCAGUACGACUCCCUCUUCAACAACAUCGUGGGCCGCAUCGUCGAAAAGUUCCGCCCCGGCGCCAUCGCGCUCCAGUGCGGCGCCGACUCCCUCGCCGGCGACCGCCUCGGCCGCUUCAACCUCCAGGUGCAGGGCCACGGCGCGUGCGUUGAGUUUUGCAAGCGCAUGAACAUACCCAUGAUCCUCUUUGGCGGCGGCGGCUACACGCCCCGCAACGUCGCCCGCGCCUGGACGUACGAGACGAGCAUCGCCAUCAACUGCCAGGACAAGAUCAGCCCCAUCCUGCCCGAGCACGCGCCGUGGAGGGAGCACUUUAGGCAGGACACCCUCUUCCCCACGAUUGAGCAAAUUCUCGGCGAGGCCCGGGCGAAUAAGAACACGGCCAAGAAGAUGCAGGACAUUGUCAACCACGUCACGGAGCAGCUGCGCUUUGUCCAGAGCGCGCCCAGCGUGCAGAUGCAGGUGAUCCCCCCGGACCUGGGCAGCUUUCGAGACGACGUCGAGGAGAGGCUCAAGGAGGAGCAGGAGGAGAAGAACGAACAGCUACGAAAGGAGAGGGAAUCCGGCGUAGGAACUGCCAUGGAAUUCUAA